UCUCUCUCUCUCUCUCCAGGAGGAGUGUCAGUUAUGAAUAGCUGCUGACUUCUCGCACAGUAGCGGCACACACAUCUGAAGAGUGAAGGAGGAAUAUAACGGACGAGGCCUGUGGAAAAAAAGAUGAAAUAAUAGUGGAAACUCUCAGACGGCGUGGAUUAAGACAAACAAAGCAGAAAGACGAGACGAACCCGAGGAGGAAUCAUCUGGAAAACUGACUGGAAACUUUUGAAAAAUAUUCCAGAAGAGCUUCUUAUCUGACAGAGGAGACCGCGUUAACUGAAGGAGAGAGAUUUCAAACCGCUUCAGGAGCUUAAGUGAAAGUCAGACUGACGGGAAAUCUCCGACGCCUUACUGGAAUACAGAUUUCCUUUGGGAAUUUCAUAUCAUAAACAGACUGCAAUCUGACAGCAUGCUUCCUAACAUGGAGCUUAAGUGGGCACUUCUACUUUUGGGUUUCUUCCUGCUGUGUAGUGAGUCUCGUGAAUGUGAGGAUGGAUUCAAAAAAAUAAACAAGACCUGUGUUGAUGAAGAUGAGUGUGUGAGUCCGAGUCUGUGUGGUGAUAACGCUCAGUGUUUCAAUACACAUGGGAGUUACUACUGCACCUGUAAUAAAGGAUUUCAAUCACAAACACCCAAUUUCACAGCAACAACAGGACAGUGUGAGGAUAUCAAUGAGUGUUUUGAGAAGACAUUUGUAUGCUCAGGUGAUAUGGUGUGUGUGAACACCAUUGGAUCCUACAAUUGCUCGUGUCAUCAAGGAUAUUAUGAUUCUGGAAGAACAGACUCACCAUGUGCAGAUGUGGAUGAGUGUUUGUCCUCAGUAUGUGCAGUUCACAGCAGUUGCAUUAACACACCUGGCAGUUUCUUCUGCACCUGUUAUCCAGGGUUUCAUAAACUUGAGAACGGCACCUGUGAAGACAUCAAUGAAUGUAAUGAUCCAGGUAUUUGCGGCACAAACGCUGAAUGCAUCAAUCGACCAGGCAGCUAUAGAUGCAAAUGUCACCAGGGUUACAGUAACUACGGCAAUGACCCGUCAAAAUGCAUCAAGAUGAACUGUGACGAGUUUAAAAUAGAGGCUGAUAUGGAGGAAAAGUUGAAGCAUUUACUGACGCAGUUGAGGAAGAGCUGUGAGUCUCUGAGUGGUCCAGAUGGAGGCCGUCAAGCCGGCGAAGAGUUACUGGAGAACCUGUUCACCUCCACCGACGAGCUGCUGUUGGAUGGAAACAUCACUGAUGGUGAGACGUUGAGUCAGUUUCUGGACACGGUGGAGAACAGCAUGCGUCUGAUCGGACCUCAGCUUAAAGAGCCUGUGACCAGGAUGGAGACGCACAACACCUUCGCUGAGGUUGCAGUCACACGGAAUCAGACUCCGCCCACUGGGAGUGUCAUUCUGAGCACAGACUCCGCCCUCUUCAACACCAGCUGGGAAACAGUUGUAGGGAAAUCAUAUCCAGGUUUUGCAUUUGUGGCGCUGGUCAGUUAUAAAGAUCUGGACUCAUCCAGCCAUCAGUUCCACAAGAUCAGCAGAACAUCACAGGAGCAGGAGAGCAGAGAGAGAUCUGAUGUGAAGAAGAAACAUGUCACUUAUCAGCUUAACUCAAAGGUGGCGACAGCCGUCGUCAGUAAUCCAGAAACCAAACAACUGCCUGAGCCGGUGACGCUCGUCUUUACGCACACGGAGGAGAGAGCGGAAUCUGGGAGCGUGGUUUACUCCUGUGUGUUCUGGAAUGAGGCUGAGGGGGUGUGGUCUGGGCGGGGCUGUGAGAGGGCGUGGUCUAACAGCACUCAUACAGGCUGUUCCUGCUCUCAUCUCAGUAGCUUCGCUGUGCUGAUGGCCCUUUAUCCCGUACAGGACACGUUUGAGCUGGUGUUGAUCACACGUGUGGGUUUAGUUCUGUCUCUGGUCUGUUUAUUUCUCUGUAUCCUGACGUUCCGGUUCUGCCGCUCAAUCCAAGGAACCCGAAACAGCAUUCAUCUUCACCUGUGCGUGUGCCUCUUCAUCGCAGACCUCGUCUUCCUCUGUGGGAUCUCCAGCACUCACAACAGGGUAGCGUGUGCGAUUGUGGCCGGCCUGCUUCAUUUCUUCUUCUUGUCUGCGUUCUGCUGGAUGCUGCUGGAGGGGGUUCAGCUCUACCGGAUGGUUGUGCUGGUGUUUCACACCACAUUAAAACAUCUCUAUAUGUAUGCUGUGGGAUAUGGAGUCCCUCUUGCCAUCGUCAUUAUCUCUGCCAUCUCUUAUCCGCGGGGAUACGGCACUGAUCGACACUGUUGGCUCUCUCUUGAAUUUAUGUGGAGUUUCUUCGCGCCCGUCUGCAUCAUCGUCGUCCUCAACAGCUUUGUUUUCGUCAUCACCGUGUGGAAACUGGCCGAGAAGUUCUCCAGCCUCAACCCGGACCUCUCCAAUCUCCGCAACAUCAGGGGUUUCACGGUGACCGCAGUGGCUCAGUUGUGUGUUCUUGGAGGGAUGUGGGUUUUUGGCUGUUUCCUCUUCCAGCAUGAAGGAACUCAGGUUUUAUUGUACCUCUUCACCAUCCUCAACAGCCUCCAGGGGGCGCUCAUCUUCAUUAUGCACUGCCUGCUCUCCAAACCGGUCAGAGAGGAGUAUUGCAAGCUGAUUAGUAGGAUCUGCUCACAUAAGGAGAAGAAAUAUUCAGAAUUCAGCACCAAUCUGUCCAGCAACAGUCAGCGACCUCUACGGAGCGAUCAGACCACAGGAGAGUCAAAGAUAUAGAGCAGCUGUCGUGUCCUGGAGGAUCUUCAUAGAUGUUUGACCUUUAAAGACACAUGGAAGCCCAACUUCUCACAGAGCACAUGGGACAGCUUUCCAUUGAGAAGAUCUUAAACUGCUUUCUUUCUGUCUGUUAAGCAAGAGUAUGUCAGGUGUAGGCUCGUCACAUGACGCAUAUGUCACUGGAGGCGGAUUUGAUACAUAUCAGCUAAAAACAUGUGUAGGUCUGAUUUCUUCCUCUAGUGAACUCUGGAGAAACUUUAGCUGUUCUUUGUCGUACUUUUAGUGGAAAAUGUCUUACCUUUACAUGCAAAAGGCAGCUUUUAUUUGCUUAUAUAAGAAAAGUUGUUUGUGAACAUGAUAUUUGAAGAACUAGUCUCCAGUCUGCCUUAAGAAAAGGUAAUUUCUCUAAGACACCUCUGUUCUCUGAAGCUUUAAUCUGUAAUUAAUCACAGACGCAGGUCUAUGUGAUCUGCACUUACACGCCACUUUACGUCUUUAAGCUGUUGAGAAAUUUGGCCUCUAUUUAUGUGGGAAACAGAUGAGGUACUUUAGAUUCAUGAAGCUAUUUAAACAGAGCCGACGUUGCAUUGCACAGAGCAGGUCUUAGUUAAUGUCACAAAAAAGGCUUAACUCCUCAUCCUCUUCAAAAUCGAAGAAAUACUAGUCCAUAGAGAUUUAAGCUCAAGCAUGAAUUUGCUUCACGCUUUGAAUUUGUUUAGCUAAUUAGUUGGUCCACAUUUGAAAAGGAAACACAAGAGACGCAACAACAACAGACGCUAGCGUUGACAAGCGUUUCUGAGAUUCCCCCAUCUCUAUAGUUUAAAGACUUUUUAAUGGGUUAUAACAUCUGGGUAAAAAUAGCGUACACAAUCAAGCUUCAUAUAAUCUGAAAGGCGUUUGCGUCAAAACUAACUCAUACUUUGGGCUUUAGUGCUCCAUUUUAAGAACAGUGAUUUUGUAAGAAGAUUAAGCUAAUACAAAAGUUUUAAAUCUCUUGCUUCUGCAACACAGGUAGUUUUUUUAAGCUACCUAUUGUAUGUGUAAUGAUGAUAUUUGAUAGAAACAAAUGUUUUAUUUUACAUUUUCCAUGGAUAUUAUUUUGUUUUAUUAAGUUUUUGGCUGUAAUUUUGUCAUGCUCUGUCCACUAUUAUACGUGAUUUCCGAAUGUAAUGUUACUGUGCACAUUGUGUAUUAUUGCAUUUCCACCAAUCGGUUCAGAUUUGUAAUCCGAGGGAAAUAAGCAGCAAUUUCAUUCCUUUAUGUGGUACUGCCAUGUUUUUUGUUGUUGUUGUUUUUUAAGUAAAUAUUUAAUAAUUGCUAAAAGAA